UGCAAUUAAGACCCUUAAAAAGUCUUAAUUGGCAUUUCCCCGAGGUGUUACUUUGUAGCUUGUUUUUUAAUAUAUUUAUCCUCAAUGAGGAUUCAGUGUUCUCUGGUCCCACAUGCUAACUGCUAGCCACAUGACCGCUAUUGGACGCAGACAGCUGUGUGGACGCACAAACACUUUGUAAAGGUGCACGUGAGCCUGGUUCUGUUUCAACAUCUCAUUCAUUGUGGAGCCUCGUUUCCACUCCCACGGGUGAAAAGACUAAACAUGCGUUUGCAUAUGGAGAAGUGUGUCCGCUCCAGCAGCAGUGAAGAAGAAAUGAGAUGUUGCAUCGACGAGGUUCUUCAACUGACCAGCUGUCAUUCUAUUGGACUGAGGCUAUUUAUAGCUUCCACAGGACUAACUCAUCACCUGCACCUGUAAAGUUUACAGCACCAUGCCUUUUGUUCUACCUGUAAACAUGAAGUGCUCUUGUGUGAAUAAUGUUUUGAGCAACUCAAAGCUGUGACUUGAGGCCAAUAUUUCAUUGCUUAAUGAAGACGAUGAAUAAUUAUGAUUCAAACACAUUUGAAGGAUGUUUUUGUUCCCCUGGGACUCUACAGUAAUGGCAACGUGUUUGCCCUUCACAAUAAGACAUUCACUCAAAGGGAAAACGAACCAUACUGACCGAGCAGGUGCAGGCUGAUAUUCUAAUGCACGACCCUUUCGCUCAGAGUUUCACAAAAACGAAACAGACAAAAACAAAAAGUACAAACGUGUGGUAUAAUUAAACUGCAUAUUUUUAAUUCCUUCUUCUAGACAUGCCUGUUCCCCUACAUUCACACCGGCUCUCUCUCAUUUCAAACGGCCUCUGCUGUGGAGCUGCAGCUUCCUGCACUGAUUGGCUGAUUGACUCUCAGGUGUCCCAGGAGAUGUAUCAGGCAGUGAUUGGAUGCAGGUUGCAAUAAAUGCUCCCUCUCUGCUGCACACAUGCGCAGCAGGAAUGGCUUGUGGAGUUCAUUUGGGGAUCUUGCUGGUUUGCUUGGUUCAAGCAGAGCUUGUGCGUAGUCUGUGGGCUGCACAAGAUCAGAGACAAACCGGCGACACACAUGUUGGCUUCUCGCAGCAGGGUAGAUUUGGUGGCAGCUAUCCCCAGAAUCAACUCAGACAGGCCUCUGGUUCUCCUCAGACUGCUAACGGUGGCUAUGCUUCGGUCAUGUUGGCGCAGAGCAGCUCUGAGUCUAAACCUAACCGACCAACGACUACGUUGAAUCAGGAAAAUGUGCAAAACACUCCAAAAAAGCAGAUCUUUGGCCUUUCUGUUGCUAGUGGUAGUUCCCUCGGUAGGUACGAUCAAACUCCGAUUAGCAAGAAGAGAACUCGGCCAGCUCAACAGGGUAUACCAAGUACGAGCAACUAUCAGUCCAGCAGUUCUGGAUCUCUACAGAGUCCGAGGGGAGGCUACUCCUUCAAACCUGCCUCCCAUCAGUCAGCAGCACAGAGAGCUUCAGCUGUUUCUGAAACACCGGGAAAAGGUUAUCCGAAGUCGUCCAGCGACGGUGCUGCUGGGCCACGAAGGAUCCCUGCUCGGACGAAAACCUCAGCCAGUGGCCGCGCUGUAAGGGUGUCUCCACAUCGUGGCUCUGUAGCACCUAAACCUUCCUAUUUCUCAUCUCUCCAAAAUGAGAGAACUAGAAAUAACCCCAGCCAGGCUGGGAGCCCAUACCCAAACAAACUGGUUCCUGUGAAUGUUCCUGUGAAUGUUCCUGACUCCGGGACCAGCAGUUCCGGGACCUCUGGUCAGAAAUUUGCCCCGACCAGAACCCACAACAUCCCUCAGGCCUUUGGUGGCUAUGCUAUCAGACGGCUGAAGGAACCCACUGACCAGAAGGAAGUGAGUGUCGGGAGGCCGCAGCAGGCCUACGUGGCCCCCCAGCGGCCCCCUGCACAGAAGCAGGCCUACAUGGCCCCCCAGCGGCCCUCUCCUUCUUACAAGCCACAGGCCCAGAGUGUUCAUCCGGAGGCCAAAUGGAUGAGGAUCAAGUCUCGUCAGAGACCGGAGCAGAUGGAUGCAGCAGGAGUCCUGGGAUGAAUGAUUUGUUUUUUAAAUAAUAAAAUGUAUUUAAUUUUACACGCUUUUGUGUCCUGAAUUCCUCUUCUAGCUGUGCACUAAAUGCCAGAAUGUGUUCACACUGCUGGAGGUUUGGUGUCAUCUGUGAAGAGAAGAUUUCAUUUAAUAUUAGAAUGUUGCUGUUCUUCACUGUGGUAGCUUCGUGGUCAAACGGUUGAGGGCUUUUGAUAUUCAAGUGUGCAAGGCUUCAAAUGAACAUUUCCUUAAAUCACAUCUUUUAUAGAUUAGUGUGCAGUGAGUGACGAUUACUGCUGUUACCUUGAACCUGAUUUCUGAAUCUAAAGAAAUGCAUAUGAUGCAUAAUGACUUAUUUUACGAAAAUAAUACCGAGAUAGCAGAAAGCACGCCAACACACAGAUUCCAGAAAUAUUCUCAACAUAUCUCUCUGUCAAACCACGACCGAGAUAUUAGCAAACUAACACCAGCAACAAAAAACGCUUUAUGGCUUAUAAUCAUAAAAUGCAACUCACCUUUUGAUGUCGUGAAGAAAAUGCAAUAUUCCAUCAUACUGCUC